AUGACUGCAGUAGAUGACAUUGAGGCAUAUCUUCUGGCUUUUGAACGCACAACAGAGAGAGAAGGAUCUAUACUGACACAGUUCCUGAGUGGAGAACCCUGGAAGGCCUACUAUGACUUAGAGCCAACACAAGCUAGUGACUCCCGCAAGUUGAAGGAUGAAAUCCUGGAAAGGCUUGGAGUAACCUCAGCAGUACAUGAAGUAAAAAGUAACACUGGAUGUGAACUAUCUUACAAGAACGACAUCAUUUUUAAAUACAAAGCUAUUGUCUUCUAUAGUCAACGAUUAAUAUUCAACACAUUAGAUGAUGUGAAAAGACUGGCAAACCAGUUAACAUCCUUCCUUAACAGCUGCUGUUCAUCACAUCCGAACCCAGACUGCUUCUUCAGUAGUGAUAUCAUUUUUCAAAACAGAAUUUGCGAGGACAGAGUAUCCAAGUGUAAAAACAAACAUGCAGCCUUCUGUUGCCAUAAUGACUAUUUUGAAAGAGAAAAAUGUUUCCACAACCUGCAAAACAAUCCACCACUUCUGCUACCAUCAAUGGGGGAUCAUUUAAACUAUGAGGAGGAAUGCCUUGCCUGGGUCACUGAUAAGCAUGGAUUUAUAGAAAGUUACCUGCAUGGAUUCGGAAGACGAUUGACAAAGUUCACACCUUCAUUGACAACUGAUAUAUUUAAUUCAUUUUUAAUUAUUUACAUGAAGUGCUGUGACCACUCGGAGGACAUACAUUUGUGUUUUUCUGAAGAGAAAAGCAAGUUCUUUGAAAGCAUGACAUCUAAAAUACGACUGGGCAACACCAUGUGUCUUAUAAAUAAACAUUGGGAAGGAGGACUCAGAGCACUGAUAUUUUAUGCAAAGGUGAAACCUAGCGAUUCAAUAGAAAAAGCCUUGGACUUUGAUAGAAACUAUAUGACACUUACUUCUAAGUGCUGUGAACCAGGAUCUUUGACUUCAGAUUGCUUUAAAUCAUGGUCUGACAUUCUCUUGUCUCACAUUUGUUUCUCAAUGGGGAGUGGUUUGCAAAAGGCCUGCUGCCUUAAAAGUUACCCAGAAAGAGAGAGAUGCCUCACUGAAAUAGCAUACCAGGAAUCACAAACUAUAUCACGUCAGUCUUUGGAACCAAAUGAAGUAUGUCAGCUUAGUAGAAACUCCAAACUACGGACUUGGAUUGCCUAUGAAUAUUCUAGAAGAAACCCACAUGGCACCAUCAGGUCUCAUCUUGCAUUUGUUACUGAACUGACUGAGUCAACUGUCUCCUGCUGUGCUAAGGAUAAUUCAAGCUUGUGUCUUACUAGCUUUUAUAAACAUUUCCCUGUAUAAAUAGUUUGCAUAGUGAUUGAUCUAAUCAUCCAUAUUACAUAUAACUACAAAUAUAAAAAAACAACUCACAAAAU